CCGUUCCUACUUUGCAAAAUUAGUAGUAGGUAUACCUAUCAGAAGAAUAUAGCACUUCAAUUUAGGUUCGGUUAUCUUCACGCCUUAUCAAAUGUCCUUUGAGACCUCCAGCGAAGGAAAGGCAUCCACAUCUGAAGAAAUUCACUGGGGUCGCCAACAAGUUUUAUCUCUAAGCAACUUAUGUCAAAGUUCUGCAGAAACAGAUUCAUGGACGUCCAGGUCACCGGUUUGAAUAUUUUGAGGCACUGCAUCAUAUCUUAGGCAAGGAGAUUAAUCCCCUUGGAUUGGGAAUGAAAGCAUCAGUGGGCACGAAAGGCCAGAUACAACCUCAGAGCAACUUGUCAUCAUCAGUUCAUGAAAAAUAUGGCGGGAACUCUGAAUACCAAGAAAUUAAUGUUGAUGAAGGCUUUGUGUGGGUACACUCUGCCAUAAAUCUAUUGCUUGAAAACAUAAAGGAUUCCUUUAGUGUCAUAUCUUCUUCAGCCACAACUCAAGAAAGAUGGGAGGAAAUUUCUGUACAAAUGGAUAAUGGUGGUUACAGUGUUGGAAGUCUACAGUGCCAAAGAAAGUGGGAAAAUAUGCAGGAUGGCUAUUAUUACCAUCAAACAAAAUCUCAGGCAACAGGAUCUGAAACUCAUUGGCCAUAUUUUACCAAAGUAAAAGAAACCAUGAUUGCUCUGCAUAUUCCUGUAACUGUUCAAGUAGAUGUCGAAACAAAUGGGAGAUAUGCUGGAAGAAAGGUCAUGAGGGGUCAAGGUGUAAAGAGAAUCAUUUCAAGGAAGAAACCUAUGGAUAGAAAGUACCAUAGUAUCCCAACUAAGAGCAUUCUAAGUCGCAUACAUCAGUUGGAGUCACAUGCUGACAUCAAUCAUCGUUUGGAGUAUGUUGAAGAAAAGGUGGAAGAAAUGCAGCAUAGCCUUGAAACCUUCCGACAAACCAACAGCAUUCUUUCACAAAUUGUAUCAGAGCUGAGGAGAAUUAAUCAGGUAAUUGAAAAUGAGAAUGACUACAGAUAUAGAAAUCCUCACAAACUGCAACAACAAGUACCCAGAUCAGGAAGUCCAAAUCAGGAAAUCAUAAUAGUUGAAGGCAUAUCAGAGCAGAUCUGAUUGAUUAAGCAAUUAAGGUUAGUAAUAUGAAAGGUAAACACAAAAGUACCAUUAAAACUUUGAUACAGAAGUGCAGGAUCAGAAACCAUUUCAAUUUAAAAAUUGGGGCAAAAAUCAAAAUUAUGACUAAACUUUUUCUUGUCUAGUAUUUUUUUGUGUUCUUUCAUACUAUUAAUAUUUUAUUACAUUACACUUGUAUGGUA